AUGGGUGAUUCUCUAUUAUUGCAGAUAAGAUGCAUUUAUUAUCCUUUAAUUUCAGCUGUUGGAGUGGAUGUAAACCUGGUGGCAAUUGUGAUCCUUUACCGAGGAAAGUGUGGCCUCUCGCAAUGUAUCACUUGCUAUCUUGUGGCAAUGGCAGCCUCUGAUCUAUUUGUUGUCAUCACUGAUCCUUUAUUGAGGUGGUCAGCCUCAAUUUAUUUUGCAGAUUCCUCCAUAUUCGUUACUUCUGUUUGUAUUGUCAUUUAUUUUUCGGCUAUGGCAGCCAUUGUUGUUUCUGUGUGGCUCACAGUUGCUUUCACCAUGGAUCGAUUUGUGGCCAUUUGUUGUGAGGAGCUGAAAACAAAAUAUUGCACCAAAAAAACUGCGACUGUAGUGAUAGCAAUGGUGAGCUUGCUGGGCUGUUUGGAGUCUGUCCCAUGCUGCUUUGUAAAGGAACCAGAAUAUGUAAUUGGUAAUGUUCCCUGGAAUUGUGUCACAAAAAAGAGCUUGUAUACAUCCCCUGGAUGGGCUGCAUUAGAAAUGAUUCAUUACAUUUUAACACCUUGUAUCCCGUUCUUAAUUUUGCUACUCAAUGUUUUAACAGUCAGACAUAUUUCCGUGGCAAAUAAAAUACGAAGAGGGCUUCGGGGCAAAAGCUGCAUAGAUGAACACAAGGAUCCAGAGAUGGAGAGUCGCAGGAAAUCCAUUAUUUUGCUUUUGAGCAUUUCUGGCAGUUUCAUCCUGUUAUGGGUGUUACACAUGGUGUACAUCAUCUACUGGCGAAUUGCAGAUAUGCUAACAUAUUACACAUACACUGACCCUAACUUCACCAUAAACUGCACAUCAAAGAUGUUGCAAGUACUCAGUACCUGCACUAACAUGGGUAUUUAUGUUGUAACCCAGAGUAAAUUCAGAGAGGAGCUGAAGAAUGGGGUGAAAUACCCUUUCAAUCUCAUUGUUAAACAUCUGUCAACAGUCACACGGACGCAUUUAUAA